AUGUCUGACCAGCCUGAAUUCGGCAGCGGUAGCUAUGGCGGCAGCGGAGGCGCAGGCGUACCUCCCCGAGGAGGCCAGGUCCCCUUCGACGACGAUGACGACGACUUCACCGGUGCCGCCGAGCACGCCACGCGCAACGCGGGCGGCUCCGGCGGCGACAUUUUCUCCGCCGUGAUCGGAAACUUCCUGGGCAAGAAGAACCAGCUGGCCAAUGAGGAGGUCGACGAGCAGGCCGCCGUCAACCAGCACAAGAAGCUGUACGGGGGCGAGGACGACGGCAGCACCGCGCACGACUCGUCGAGCAUGGGCAACGCGGCCGCGCUGCAGGCGCUCAAGAUGUUCACCAGCGGCAGUGGCAGCAGCGCGGGCAGCUCCAAGAGCGAGUUCAUCGGCCUGGCCAUGGCCGAGGCCAGCAAGCUGUUCGAGCAGCAGAGCGCCGCCGGCAAGGUCAGCGCCGACACCUCCAAGGAGUCCGCCGUGCAGCAGGCCGGCGAGAUGGCACUCAAGAUGUACCUGAAGAGCAAGACGGGAGGCGGCGAGAGCGGCGGGGGCGGCAGCAGCGGGCUGUUGAGCCUGGCGAGCAAGUUCAUGUAG